AUGGAGGAAGCUCAGAAAUGCGCCGAUGGCUUCGCCGCCGUGGAGAAGGAUAAGGUCAGCAAGACGGUCAACGCCAGGAUGCCCCGGAUAUUGUCACGGAUCAAGCAAAAACGCUUGUCGGCCCGUGAAGAAUUGAAAGCCGUUCUUCACACCCUGUCCUUGGCUGGUCUGGAGAUGUGCUGUGAGAGACCUCUGCGGCCCCGGAACACGACCCAGCAGGAGACGCGGGAAUGCCAGGGCGGGCGGCCGUUCUUGUGCCACCCGACGAGUGGCGAAGCCGAGUGGGAUGUCCUGCAGCCUUCGGAGAAGAAGAAGCUUGGGGUCAUCCUGUCGCCAGAUGAAGGCGGACCUUUGUGGUCGGCCUUUAUGUGGCUGAACACGAAGGGAUGCAAGGUCAACUUCAUCCGAGAUGAGCUGCAACUCUUCUGCACUGUUUGGAGAGGUUGUGAGCAUGGUGAGUCUCACUGGCUGGUUGAUGAAAGCUCGGAGAGCUCCUUGGAAAACCUGCGGCAUAGGCAGCACAUGGGCCGAAAGCGGCCAAAGGUACCUCCGCUGCGCAACUCGGCGAGAGAUUUAGUGAAAUUUAGUGAUUCUGGCCCUGUUGCUUGCGACAAAGUUUGUACCAGUGGAAAAUAG